CUGAAUUAUGAACUUUUUGCUCCACUUACCAAUAAUAAAAUUUUGAAUGCAUUGAUCAGGUGGUGAAAAGUUGUCGGUUGAGAGUUUUUUUUUCAGAUGCAUCUAGUUUGACUAGAGCUUUAAAAAGGGGUGCAUUGGAUACAAUAGAAUCUCCCCCAUCCCUUUUCGUUUGAAUUAGUUCUGUCACGUUUGGUCUAUGAUUUGUAUUGAAAUUGUUUAGGGACGCCAUGCGCAAUCUAGCGCCAAGCUUUAAAUUCAGUAGUAUUUUAGCCUACAACGCCGAAAGACGCAAAGUACAAAGUUGUGGUGUUUUGGGUAUUUUGAUAAGAGUGAUAAAAGGGGAUCAUGUCUUAGGCGGCCCCAAAGGAUCAAAAUAAAAAGGCAUGACCCAUGCUCGCGAAGAUUUUGCCGUAAUGGAAGCAACAGUUACAACGUUUGGCAAACAGAAAUUUGUAGCGGUUUCGAAAGCUCUAGCGCUUUUUAUUUUUAUUCUUUUCCUGGGAUGUAUCGUCGCGACGGGGCUCUUAGUCUACCACUUAUCAUCGUGUCAACCGAUUUCAAAGUUUGAAGAAACCACUUUGAUAGUUUACGACAAGCAUUCGGAUUUGGAAGUUACAACGACAAGUGAGGAAGUUGUAACUGAAUCGGUGGUUACAACAACUGAAGAAAUAAAGACUGAAUUUGAAGAUGUUAGACUACCCAAAUCGAUCAAGCCGCAUUCCUACACUAUUAGACUUAUCCCUUUCAUCUUCGAAGGAAAUUUUACGUUCCACGGAGAAGUUACAAUUCUUAUCAACGUAACUGUUACAAGUUUGAAUAUUACUUUACACGCCGAUGAUUUGGACAUAGAUCAUGUUAAUGUCUACGACUUGAAUAAUAAAUUACUUUCAAUUAGACAAGUCUCUAAUGAGACUCGUCGCCAAUUCCUGAUAAUCCAUCUAAACGAACCGGUGAAAUCCGGUCACCAGUAUUAUGUCAGUAUAAAAUUUAGGGGAGUUUUGAACGACCUGCUUCAAGGUUUUUAUCGAAGUUCUUACAAAGUCAAUAAUGAAAUCAGGUGGAUUGCAACAACUCAGUUUCAAGCAACAGACGCUCGAAAAGCAUUUCCUUGUUUCGAUGAACCAGCUCUAAAAGCCCGUUUUCAAAUCAGUCUCGCUAGACUUGGAAACAUGACUUCGAUCUCAAAUAUGCCAAAAAUUGGAAACCCCGAACCUGUUAAAAAUCUCCCAGGCUACUUAUGGGAUCACUACGAAGAAAGCGUCCCAAUGUCCACCUAUUUGAUUGCUUUUGUAAUCUCCGACUUCGAGUGUCACAAAAACGGGACUUUUUCAGUAUGGGUCCGUCGUAGUGCCCUUUCACAAACCAAAUACAGUCUCCAAGUCGGACCUCAAAUUUUACAAUUCUACGAAAAUUUCUUCGGAAUUAAAUAUCCUCUCCCUAAGAUAGACAUGAUCGGACUUCCGGAUUUUUCCGCGGGAGCUAUGGAAAAUUGGGGUUUGAUUACAUACCGAGAGUCGGUUUUGUUGUACGAAGAGAAGGUCUCAAGUAAGGGAAGUUUGCAAAGAAUCGCCCAUGUGAUUGCACACGAAUUGGCUCAUCAGUGGUUUGGGAAUUUGGUGACUCCGGUUUGGUGGUCAGAUUUGUGGUUGAAUGAGGGGUUUGCGACUUAUGUGGAGUGUUUAGGGGCUAAUGCGGUCAAUCCACAUUUGAAAGAAUUGGACCAGUUUGUUAUUAAUGAACUUCAUGGAGCUUUCGUUUUAGAUGCUUUAAAGACCUCACAUCAAAUAUCAAUCAAAGUUAAUAAUCCUGAUGAAAUCAAUGAUAUUUUUGACCGAAUUUCCUACUCCAAAGGUGCGUCAAUUUUACGAAUGAUGCAACACUUCUUAUCAAUGCCAGUGUUUCAAAAAGGUUUAAACGGAUAUUUGAAAAGUCAGAUGUAUAAAAAUGCCGAACAAGACGAUUUGUGGCACUCUCUGACUUUACAAAGUCAUGAAGAUAAAGUCCUUGAUCAAAAUGUGACAAUUAAGGAAAUAAUGGACACUUGGACUCUUCAAACUGGUUUUCCUUUAGUCACAGCUCACAGAAAUUACGAGAAUGGUUCAGUAACAUUCACCCAAGAACGUUUUUUAAUUACUGAUGAUAAUAAAAGUGCAAAAUCGGUUUUGUGGUGGAUACCCAUCACAUACACAAAUUCGAAAAAUGUUGUAAUUUCAAAUUGGAUGCGUAACGAACCGUUUUUGACAAUUUACAAUUUAAAUCAAUCGAAGAAUGAUUGGCUACUUGUCAAUGUUAACCAAACUGGUUACUAUAGAGUGAAUUAUGAUCAAAGAAACUGGAAUUUGAUUAUCCAACAAUUGCUAAAAAAGAACGGUCACUUGGUUUUUGACCCCAAAAACAGGGCUCAACUUCUAGAUGAUGCUCUUCAUCUGGCUUCUGUUGGUUAUCUAGACUAUAAUAUUGCUUUAAAUGUUACCAAAUAUCUGAAACAAGAACGGGAAUACGUUCCGUGGAAAGCUGCCCUUACUAGUUUAGAUUUCAUGUACCAAAUGUUUGUACGAACAGCUCAUUUUGAUAAGUUUAAAAAAUAUCUUCUAGAUCUAGUGAAUGACUUUUACCAUGAAUUGGGUUUCAACGAAAAUGAAAAUGAUCAACAUUUGACCUUUUACAAUCGUUUCGAAAUCAAUAGUAGAGCUUGCAAAUUAGGAGUUCACGAUUGUAUUAUCAACGCAGUUCAGCAGUUUGAAACUUGGAGGAAUUCCCCAGACCCUGAUAAACGCAAUUUGAUAUCAGCAAAUUUACGUGAAAUCGUAUAUUGUGCUGCUAUCAGUGUCGGAGGCCAGGAGGAAUGGGAUUUUGCAUGGAAACGCUAUUUAAACGCUAACGUCGAAAACGAAAAAGAAAUUCUUUUGAUGGCUCUUGGAUGUUCGAAAGAAAUUUGGAUUUUGAGCAGAUAUCUCGAAUGGGCGAUUACUGAAAAUUCAGGUAUUCGUAAACACGAUUCUGCCCGUGUUUUUGCCGCCGUUGCUAGUAACCCAAUUGGGCAACAAUUGGCGUAUAGGUUUUUAAAAACUCAUUGGAAUCGAUUGAGGACUUAUCUUGGCACCUCUUCCAUGUCUUUGAGUAUUAUAGUCAGAAGUUGUACUGCCAAGUUUAAUAGUCAGAUAGAAAUUGAUGAUUUUAAAUUGUUUGUUGAUACGAGGGAAAACGAGUUUGGUGUUGCUUUAAGAACAGCAAGACAGUCGAUAGAGCAAGGUGAAGCAAAUGUUAAAUGGAUGAUGAGACAUUCGGAGAAAAUUUUUGAGUGGCUUAGUGCUAAUGUCUAAGUGAUUUUAAUUGUAUUAUUGGUUUUUAUUGAAUCAAAUUGAUUUUGUAAUGAAAUAAACACUCAGUUUUUUUAUUUUUUAUAUUGAUGAAUUGUGAAACUUGAUUUUAACAAUCGUGUACUUUUAAAUCAAAGUUGUACUUAGAUACUUUAACUUUAAAUAAAAGUUUA